CAGCGCCCCUCCCCUCCCUCACGCACCAAGUCGAGUCAACCGCGUCGGCCUUCCCUGUCUCUCACACUCCUUCAUCCCAUCCCCGAGAAUGCACUCCCACUCCCUCGUUCGAAUCCGCGCAACACGGCCAUGCAGCGCACCGCGUCUGGCACGAUUCCAAAAGUGCCCGGACGGACAAGCAAGACGAGCCAGAAACUGGUGGAACUCCCGGAGGACGUACAGACCGCGCCUGUACCAAGCACAAGUCCACCACCGCCCGAGCACGAAGCGCGUAGCGAGGGGGAACGCAUGAGCAAGGAGCAGCGAGAAAGGGCAGGGUUCAAGAGAAUCACGGCGUACGCGACAGCAGAGAGCUACAGGAGCAGGGCAUUGAUUGCGUUCCUCAAGCGGGAACACGGCGUGACACCAAGAGUGUUUGACGAAGCGAUCUAUGCCGUAUACCAUCUCCCGCUUCUACCCGGGUACGGACCAAAUGUCAACCUUCGGAGUGCUCCGGCUCCGAGCUCUCCCUCUCGAGCAUCCUUUUCCUCCCUCUCUCACGAAGAAGACUACGAUGGGACAUACUUCGCAUCCACAUCCUCCCGCGAGCCGUUCUCGUCAGACGGAUUCAUUUCCACGUCUCCCAGAACUCCGAACGCCUUCGAUCCGUCUCUUUCCGAACAGGUUCAAAGCCCGCCCGAUCUGCGUAGUACCACGACGAUGUCUCCACAUAGGGCGCCAGCCCCGAGAGACGCAAAGCGGCACAGAACACUGGCCAAGAUGAACUUGACUGAAGCCGAGAACGAUCCAAAUAUUGCUGAAGCUGUCUUCUUUGACUACGGUGUCACCGUUUUCUUUGGAUUUGAGGAACAUCAAGAAAGAAAAGUGUUGGAAGAUCUCGAGGAAGCUGGGGUUUGUGUGAAGAAGCUCAAAGAAGAGAAUUGGGAAAUUGAAGAAUGCCACUUUGUGUACGACCCAACAGUGGCUAGUCCGCGCAUAUAUAAUGAUUUCUUCACGUUCAAGUCACAUUCACAUCUUCUGAAACUUUCUCUUGCACACGCCAUUGCUCAGUCAACCAAGCUUUCGCUUUUCGAAGCGUCAACAUCUGACACUCUAUCAUCCUCGCUACCCAUACCGCGUUUACUGGCAUCUACGGGCCGGCUCGUCCUCUCGCGAAAACAAGCCUUGCGCAUGACCGGUCGCCUAUUUAAAGUGCGUGGUGACGUGAUGUUGCGCUCGAACGUGCUCGACACACCGGAGCUCUUCUGGUCUGAAGCCUCGCUCAAGGAGCUGUACGACGCCAUCCGUGACUAUUUUGAAAUUUCGUCUCGCGUACAGGUGCUCAAUGAUCGGUUGAGCGUUGCAAGUGAUCUGCUGGAUAUUAUCCACGAACAUCUCAACAAUGAUGCGAUGCAUCGGAUUACGUGGAUCAUUAUUUGGCUUAUCGUCGUUGCCUGUGUCGUCGAGCUGGGUGAAGUGUUGGCACGGCUCGUAGUCGCCGCGACCCAUCGCGCUCCCGCAAUCCCAGUCAUUGCGCCCGAAGCAGCGACAGAUGUGCUUUUGCGGUUAAUGGGGAGUGAUUGAGGAUAAUCUCCACCGAUUAUGUACUAUGACCGACCUCAUUUUCGAUACGCUUUGUCUUUGCAUUAAUGCCGAUCCACCAGGACAGCAGCUCCAAUGGAUCUGACCCUCCAUGUGAAGAAGACGGGAUGGAGCUGCCGG